UGAAAAAUGCCGCCAAAGACCAGUGGAAGGCAGCGAAAAAGGCUGGUAAAGCCCAGAAAAAUAUAACCAAGAACGACAAGAAGAAGAAGCGCAAGAGGAAGGAGAGUUAUGCCAUCUACAUAUACAAAGUUCUGAAGCAGGUUCAUCCUGAUACAGGCAUUUCAUCGAAGGCAAUGAGCAUCAUGAACAGUUUUGUGAAUGACAUUUUCGAGCGCAUUGCUGCUGAAGCUUCCCGUUUGGCCCACUAUAAUAAACGAUCGACAAUAACGAGUCGCGAAAUCCAAACGGCAGUCCGCCUACUUCUGCCCGGUGAAUUGGCUAAGCACGCCGUAAGUGAAGGCACCAAAGCCGUUACCAAGUACACCAGCUCAAAGUAAAUGUCUGA